AUGAUUUUAUUUUACGUAAUUCUUAUUUUGUUUAAUAUUAUUCAAAUUGAUAGUUUAUUUGAAAGAUGUCGUCAAACAUUUGGUUCGAAUAAAUAUGAUCUUAAUCAAUUAAGUCAUUUAACAAUUCUUGGUGAAAACAACUCAUAUAGUUAUGCUCUUACUCCUUGUGGUCUAGUACCAACAGAUAAAUGUGGAAGUAGCACACUUCCAUUUGAACAAGGCAUGACGGCAUGUCAAGAAAAAAUUUCAGAAACUAAGUUUGCAUCAGCUAUGGGCUUUCUUGAUGGAUAUGGAAAAUCACCUAAUCUUGAAUUUAAUGAAAAUCCUCAAGGACCAGGAACUGGAAUUGUUAUGAUUAUGCGUAAUGCUUUAUGUAACGGUAAUGAACGUUUUGUUAAUGUUACAUUUAUUUGUGACAAAAGAAUUAAACAACCAACAAAAAUGAAUGUAGUUGAAGAUCCUAAAUGUAAAUUUACGAUGACAAUAAUAGCAGCUGAAGCUUGUCCUAUUAAAGAAGGCAUUACAGGUGGCGCUAUUUUUAUUAUUAUAUUGUUUGCUUUAAUUAUUAUCUAUUUGGUUUGUGGAAUUUUAUAUAAUCGAUAUAAACAAAAUCAAACAGGCUUCGCAGUUAUACCAAAUCUAAGUUUUUGGCUACUUAUAGGUGGUAUGUUUGUUAAUGGAUGCAAAUUUACUUGGAACUUUGUUCGUAAUCGUGGUCAAGGAACAUUGUCAUCGUCAAUGUCAUAUGAAUCCGUAUAG